AUGUAUUGGCAAUCACGGGUACUAGUAGCAGCAGCGCUGGUAGCAAGUCUCGCCUCCAUUGUUGAAACUCAGAGUGACUCUGGCUUAAAUGCCACAUGUUUGCCCUCGCAAUACACGGACAAGAUCACGGGCGACUGCGUCAACUACAAAGGACGAGGUGAAAAGGCUGAGACCGAUUACGACAAAGCAGUGAACUCAGGGAAUACGGCAUGGAUGUUAAUGGCUAGCGCUCUGGUCAUGAUCAUGACACCAGGAGUUGCAUUUUUUUACGCCGGUCUUGCUGGUGGUGAAAUGGCUCUGAACACUAUUAUGAUGUCAUUUGUUAGCAUGGCAUUAGUGUCGAUUCAAUUUUGGGCCUUUGGAUACUCCGCGUCUUUUGGAUCUAAUGGCAUGUUCGAAUGGGCUGCUUAUAACAAUGUGGGAAAAACCCCGAGCGGCACGUACGGCACUGAAAUUCCGCAUAUCUUGUUCGCCCUCUUCCAGACCCAGUUUGCUAUGAUUUCGCCAGCGCUACUAAGCGGCGGCAUUGUUGGUCGCAUGAAGUAUGGAACCUUUCUGCUCUUUAUCUUUCUGUGGACGUCACUUGUGUACGACCCGUUGCCCCACUGGAUGUGGUCACUGGAACUUGAUGAUUCCUGGGCAAUUACAAACAUGGGCUGGGAGGGAAAAAUGGGGUCUAUUGACUUUGCCGGAGGAUCAGUCAUUCAUAUUUCUAGUGGUUUCGGUGCUCUCGCUGCUGCUCUGAUGGUUGGAAAAAGGUACAAUCACAACGAAGCUGUCAAUCCACAUAAUGUUCCUCUCGUAAUGAUUGGUGUCACACUAUUGUGGUUUGGCUGGUUUGGAUUCAACGCUGGCUCGCAGGGCGCAGCUGAUGGCAUCGCUGCCAUAGCUGCUGUCAACACGCAUCUGUCUUCAAGUGCAGGAUUCCUGACAUGGGAAGAAGCCGUGAUACAUCAUCGCAAGCAAACAACGUUAUCCACAGCAUUGCCACCAUCUGCUUCGGGUUUGAAGGCUCAAACUCUGACCCUAUUAUUCUCAGCAAGUUAUUUUGAUCUGAGAUAG